GGUCUUGCUUAUCAUACGUCAUGGUUUAUGGUCCACUGGAAUUUCGUUACUCGAAGGCAGUUCGGACUACAAAGUCGUGUAGAGAGAAGUUUUAAAGCACAUGAAAAAGGUCGAAAAAUGCUAAAAUUUUUGAAAAAGGCAUUAAUAUAG